AUGUCACCGUUCUUUAUCGAGAAGGCGGUGGCAUCACUGUCUAAGCAUGUAACCGAAAUCAAGCGGAUGCGAUCGGGUGACUUACUCAUAAAAUGCACUUCCGAAACUGACUGUGACACUAUCUUGAAUGCACAUGACAUGUUAGGCAAAAGAAUUUCAGCAUCUUUGCAUAAAACACUAAACACCAGUCGAGGCGUCAUCUCUGUAUCUGAACUUAUUGAUGUUCCUGUGGAAGAAAUUCUUAUAAACUUGAAAGACCAGGAUGUGAUAGAUGUUCGUAAAAUAAAGAUCAGGAAGAACAACGAAUACAUUACAACACGAAAUAUCAUACUUACCUUUGAUCGUCCCACUCUACCAGACAAGUUGAAAGUUGGAUAUCUCUCAGCUGAUGUGCGGCCAUACGUCCCAAACCCAUUGCGCUGCUUCCGCUGUAAUAGGUUUGGGCAUGCUGCAGACUCCUGCCGUGGCUCCGCCUGCUGUGCACGAUGUGGCAAGUCUGAACACGAAACAAAGGAAUGCAAAGGGCCAGACUGCUGCGUUAACUGUUCUUCCAACCACCCAUCCUACUCGAGGUCAUGUACAAAGUGGAAAUAUGAAAAAGAAGUCCUGCACGUCAAGGUUACACAGAACAUCAAUUACCCAGAAGCCAGAAAAAAAGUAGCUCCCAUCUUUUUUGAAAAAUCCUUUGCCACAGCCGUAAAACAGAAAGUAAAACUUGUCACACAGUCCACGCAGACCGAACCACCAACGACCACGCAGACAAACACAAGUGAGGUUCGAGGAGGUGCAGAUCCACCUCCAACUCCCGAAAUUCCUGUGGCGUCACUAACACCGACGCCACUUCUGUCCUCACAGUCCACGGAGGUAACAUCCAUGGAUUGCGAGGACGAGACGAGCUCUGAGCGCUCCUUUGCGAGCACGAGCUCCCAAGCCCCCAAAAAGAACAGGUCUAGUCUGUCGGGGUGUGGGUCACUCCCCGACAUAUCUGAUAAGGAGCUUGCGGCUGCGCGGAAGAAAUCCACAAGGCCGCGGGUCACACCCCCAACAAAAAAAUAG